UCAAUUUUAAGUCCCAUAAUUUACGUAUACGUACACAUGUCGAGACAAAUCUUGGAUACUCUACAAAAACUACUGCUUUGCAACUGUUUUAGAUUUAACCAGCUUUCCUUACACAAAAUGUUCCGAAUACGGCAUGGCUCUUGCAAGUAUACAUAGCGCAGACGAAGAGUACAACAUAACGACACGAAUAUUACAAAGAUAUUCAUCGGAAAGAUAUCACGGACACUACCCUUAUUUUUGGAUUUGUCUUUCAUUGCUUACAGGGGAUGAGCCAGGAAUAAUGUGGACAGAUGGUAGCAAAGUUGCUUACUCUAACUUUGACAAGGAUGACAAUAACAGAAGACAGGGCUGUGUGUAUAUGGUGCUAAAUACACUCCAGUGGCGAGUAGGGUCCUGUAUGGAUAAACAUUUUUAUAUUUGUAAAGGACCUGCAGAUAUCGCUCUUGUCCUGUCAAGUACAAGUCAAGCUGAAAAUUCAACUUUAUUAUCAACACUGACAACACAGUUUAAAUUGCAACAUACUCACCAUAGUAUCAAAGCGGACCUAGCUGCAGACGACACUGGUUUGACUGGGGGACAGAUAGCUGGCAUCAUUAUAGGCGUUAUUGGCUUAUUAUUCACCAUUGGCAGCGUCGUGUACAUCAUAAAAUCAUGGCCAUUCAAGAAACCCCGAUGUAAUUUUGCAUCUCCUUCACUUGGAUUUGAUAAUGCAUUGUUCCAUAAAAAUCAGGACAAUGUUGAAAUAAGUUAAAUUGUGUUACGAACAUUAAAGUUACAUAAGGACUAUAGAAACUGAGAUACUGAUAAAAUUGAGCGUAUUUGCAAUAUAUAGACAUCAAAAUAUGAUAGGCCUUAAUGUUAUACUAAAAUAGAAUAAUGUGACAUAAAUGUUUAGAUUGGUUUAGAAAGAUUGUUAUAUGUGAACGUAAUAAAUAUACCUUUCACAUUGUU